CCUAUAUAUCCUCAGUCACGUGUUUCUUGUUUCCAUCCUUGAUUGGGAAGCUUCAACCUUCCCCAGCCACCAACUAAAAAAAAAGGUCCCCAUUACCGGCAUCACCAGCAUCACCAGCAUCACCAGCAUCACCAGCAUCACCAGCAUCACCAGCAUCAUCAGCAUCACCGGCAUCACCAGCAUCACCAGAAUCACCAGCCGUCAACCAUCACCAACCUCCAUCUUUAUUAAUCUCCCGUUUGCUGACGCUUUUUUCUCUUUCCCUGCUACCAUCACCACGACUUGGUCCCUCAUAAAGACCACACUCAACCCUUCCUUUAUUUCACUUUAUUCCACUUUAUUCCAGACCUCUUCCAACAAACUAUUCCAAUCCCUUGGCUAAUAUCUCGAUCUGCCUUUACCCGUCAUCAUCCCUUGUUAACCUCGGACACUGCAUGGUCCGGAUUUACACUACCUUGGCUCUCUGCCCUACUCGACUCCAACCGCAACCACCGCCGUCAAGACUACCACUCCUUCCACCAACCAAAUCCUCAUCAUGCAAUUCUCACAGCUCGCCGCCGUGCUGGCAGCAGCAUCGAUAUCUCUGCUAUCAACACCAACUACUGCUCAGACAACCGCAAACUGCAAUCCUCUCCAUACCACCUGCCCACCAGACCCAGCACUAGGCCGAGCAAUCAGCGUUGACUUCAAGCAAGGAGCAGUCGACUCCUUCACAGCCCAAGGCAACCCAACCUACGAAACCGACGGCGUCCACCUCAGCGUCGCCGCCUCCGGCAACGCCCCCCAACUAAACAGCCGCUUCUACAUCAUGUUCGGCAAAGUCACCGUCACCAUGAAAGCCGCCCCCGGCGCCGGCAUCGUCAGCUCCGUCGUCCUCGUCUCCGACACCUUCGACGAGAUCGACUUCGAAUGGCUCGGCGCCACCCCCAACGAAGCCCAAUCCAACUACUUCGGCAAAGGCCAAGUAACCACCUACAACCGCGGCGCCUUCCACCAAACCUCCGAGAACCAACAGCAAUUCCUCACCUACGACAUCGAAUGGACAGCCACCCAGAUCAUCUGGUCCAUCUCCGGCUCCGUCGUCCGCGUCCUCAACGCCGCAGACGCAGACGCAAACCAAUACCCCCAAUCCCCCAUGCAAGUCAAAUUCGGCACCUGGUCCGGCGGCGAUCCUGCCAACGCCCCCGGCACCAUCGCCUGGGCGCGCGGCCCGACGGAUUUCUCAAAGGGGCCCUUCAGCAUGGUCGUCGCCUCCAUCGCGAUCACGGACUACUCCACGGGAACCUCGUACGAGUACAAAGGGAAUGGCGGUAAUAUGGCGGAUAUCGUGUCGAAUGGCGGGAAGAUUGGUGCGAAUAAGGGGGCGACGGCUACGACGAAUGAGGCCCCGGCUGUGACGUCGCUGUCGCCGUCUGUGCCGGCGGGGCAAGGCAGGGGGGAGGGGGAGGCGUCCCAGACGAUUGUGGUGGAGGGGGUGCCGAGCGGGUGGGUCGUGGCCAGUAAUGGCAAGAUUGUGCCGGUGGGCGCGGGUGCUGUGAGUGGACCGAACGUCGUUGGUGUGGCUUGUGGUGUUGUUUUUGCCGUUGCGGCGGCUUGGGUUGGGGAGUGGCUGUGA